AUGGCAAACAAGGGGAACAAGAAACGUCGGCAGUUUUCCCUAGAGGAGAAAAUGAAAGUUAUGGAAGCUGUAGAUUCAGGCAAGAGGAAAGGUGAUGUGGCAAAAGAAUUCGGUAUCACUCCUUCUACUUUGUCUGCAUUCUUAAAGGAUCGUGCCAAAUUUGAAGAAAAAGUGCGGGAGGCAUCAGUGGGACCCCAGCGGAAGAGAAUGAGGAAUGCUCUCUAUGAUGACAUUGAUAAGGCUGUUUUUGCUUGGUUUCAAGAAAUCCAUGCCAAAAACAUUCUCGUGACUGGUUCUGUCAUUCGGAAAAAGGCACUAAACCUGGCCAACAUGCUUGGCUAUGACAAUUUUCAAGCAAGUGUGGGCUGGCUGAACAGAUUUAGAGAUCGCCAUGGAAUUGCUUUGAAAGCAGUCUGUAGAGAGGAUAGUGACAGGUUAAUGAAUGGUCUAGGAAUAGAUAAAGUUAAUGAGUGGCAUGCGGGGGAAAUUAUAAAACUGAUUGCUGACUACAGCCCAGAUGAUAUCUUUAAUGCUGAUGAAACAGGAGUAUUUUUCAAGUUGCUUCCCCAGCACACACUUGCUGCUAAAGGGGACCAUUGUAGAGGAGGCAAGAAAGCAAAACAGCGGUUGACAGCACUCUUUUGUUGCAAUGCUUCAGGGACUGAAAAAAUGAGACCAUUGAUUAUCGGUAGGUCGGCUAGCCCACGCUGUCUCAAGAAUGUCCAUUCUCUCCCUUGUGAUUACCGAGCCAAUCAGUGGGCAUGGAUAACAAGGGAUCUGUUUAAUGAGUGGCUGAUGCAAGUGGAUGCCAGGAUGAAGCGGGCAGAACGCCGGAUACUCCUGCUCAUUGACAACUGCUCUGCUCACAACAUGCUCCCACACUUGGAAAGGAUUCAGGUUGGGUAUCUACCCUCAAACUGUACUGCUGUCCUGCAGCCACUGAAUCUUGGCAUAAUUCACGCCAUGAAAGUGCUGUAUAGGAGUCACCUUCUAAAACAGAUCCUCCUGAAGCUCAACAGCAGUGAGGAUCAAGAAAAGGUGGACAUUAAGCAGGCCAUUGACAUGAUUGCUGCAGCAUGGUGGUCAGUCAAGCAGUCCACAGUGGUGAAAUGUUGGCAGAAGGCAGGCAUCAUCCCUGUGGAAUUUACAGAUUCUGGCACAGAAGCAGCAGCCAGUGAACUAGACAUUGCCAUUGAAAAGUUGUGGCACUCAGUGGCUAUUGCCACCUGCAUCCCAAAUGAAGUAAAUUUCCAGGACUUUGUCACUGCAGAUGAUGAUCUCAUCAUCUGCCAGGAGCUGAUGGACACAGAGAUUAUGCAGGGCAUGGUGGCUGGGGAAAAUACCGUUGAAGCUGGAAGUGAAGAUGAAGGACAGGUAUCUUUACCAGAGCAGCCAAAAAUCACCAUCAUAGAGGCAAUCUCAAGUGUACAGAAACUUAGACAGUUUCUUUCCACUUGUGUAGGUGUUCCUGAUGUCAUUUUUGGACAGCUAAAUGGCAUAGAUGAAUAUUUAAUGAAAAAAUUGACACAAACUCUUGUUGAUUCCAAAAUUACAGACAUUCUGCAAACAAAAUAAUGUAGAAAUUAACCGGCUCUUUUACUUUAGAAAAUAUAGUUUACUACAACCAAAUACACACAUGAAGGAAAAAAAACAAGCAAAUGUAAUUUACAAUAAUAAAGAUUUCUUUA